AUGACCACACAACAACAACAGCAACCACUUUACAUAUCCGACCUCACACAGCUCACUCGAGAUUUAUCAUCUGACGAGCUUGCUGAAUUGCUGCGUCAACGGUACCUGAACGAUGUGAUUUAUACCAACAUUAGCCCCUCCAUCUUGAUUGUGCUGAAUCCGUACCACCACAACAACACUGUCCAGGCAGACUACAUUGCCGAAUACAAAGAUACUUCUAGUGCAAAGGCAAACCAAUGGAAAGAACCACACAUUUAUCAGCUCGUGAAUCAUGCAUAUCUACACAUGCGAAGAACUAGUAUAAAUCAAUCCAUUUUAUUCAGCGGUGAAAGUGGCAGUGGUAAAUCAGAGCAGUUUAGACAAUCCAUCAACCAUCUCAUUGCUCUCAGCACACAUCGAAAGACGACUCGUACGCAAGCCAAUGUGAUUCAUGCUCAAAUUAUCCUUCGCGCGUUCAGCCAUGCAAAAACUACACAGCAUGAUGAUGCAUCCAGAAGCGCCCUGUUUACAGAGAUUCACUUUUCAGAAAGAGGCAGACUGGCCGGUGCAGUGUUCUUGCCCUAUGCACUAGAAAAGUCAAGAGUGUCAGCAGCGGGCCAGGACGAACGCAACUUUCAUGUAUUUUAUAACCUGUUGGCAGGUGCUACGGCAGAGGAAAAGAUCCGCCUUGGUUUGUCAGAUUGGUCCACAUUUCAAUACCUCUCCAAGACAUCGACGUCGAGAGCUUCCUCUUUGGACGAUGCCAGUGCAGAUGCUGAACUGCGCAUUGCUCUGAAGACAGUGCUAUUUCAAAAGCAUCGAGUAGCGCAAGUGUAUCAGAUUCUGGCAGCUAUUUUACACUUGGGCAACAUACACUUUAUCGAAGACGCCAACAACGCCCAAGAUGCUGCCACCGUCAAGAACCUAGACACACUGACAACAGCAGCUGAUUUGCUGGGCGUGGACCCCGACUCGCUGAUGAGUGCAUUGACGUUCAAGAGCAAGCUGAUUAAACGAGACAUCACUACGCUCUUUUUGGAUCCUGAGCAGGCGAGUAAACAAAGAGACGAUCUCGCUCAAUCACUGUAUUGUUUGUUGUUUACCUGGCUUGUGGAGCAAAUAAACGAUCGUUUGACGCCAAAGAGUUCAUAUAGCUUUAUCAGCUUGCUCGAUCUCCCUGGCUGGGUGUAUUCAAGACCAUCUGGUACUGGCUUUGAUCAGCUGGCGUUCCACUUUAUCCAAGAGACAGUGCACCAGCUCAUGUAUGUCAAUAUCUUUGACCGCGAUAGACAGGAAUAUGCAGAGCAAGGCUUGGCCAUGAGCAGCGACCAUUGGCCAACCAGCCCGGCUAUUGUCGAUCUCUUUGUGCAUCCCUCCAAGGGCUUGUGGUCCAUCAUGAACGCACAAGCAUCUCGUCAGCAGAACCAGCAGAGAUACAAUGACGAUGACACACUCAUGGACAACUAUGCCAGUGCCAAUAAAAGCGCCAUCAUUGAACAAUUGCUUGCCUUCAAGAAGAGCGACACUGGUUCAAAGCUAUUCAGCAUCCAGCACUUUUGGGGAUCAACUACUUACGAACCACGCAGCUUCACAGAGCGAAACCAAGACUACUUGUGCAACGACUUUAUUGCGCUGUUCAGUGGCAAUGCCUACAACCCGCCUACUUCCAACGGCCUUGUCGCUUGCUUAUUCGACGACGCUAUUCUAGGCCAUGAUGAUGGCACAAGAAAUCGUGUCUAUUCUCAGCAACAAGGCAUUCGACCGCUGAGAUCACCCACCACUUCCACGCCAGCCACUACCAACACAGCUACUUCAUCAUCUGUCAACGACCACAAGGCAGAUGUCAAGUCCACCGUGUCGACAUCGUUGCAGUCUGAUGUGCUUACUAUCGCUGAUCUCCUGGUGACAGGUGUCUCUGAUUUAACGCAAGCUCUCUCCAACACGCUGUCGUGGUCAGUUUUGUGUAUACGGCCCAAUGAUCUGUCUCUUGCCAAUUCAUGCGAUGUCAAGAAAGUAGCAGUGCAGCAAUCCCAUUUCAAGUUACUAGACAUGAUCAAGCGAGUAAAAGGCGGUUAUUACACAACGGCAUUCACACUGGACGAGUUUUGGGAUAGAUACCAUGUGUCGCUGCCAUUGACCAUGAACACCAUGUUGGACAUGAACCUCCCACUGAGAGAAAGAUACAUCUACAUGGCACAGUCUCUGGGCUGGAACGACACUUGUAUUGCUAUUGGGAGAUCAAAGAUAUUCCUUUCCAACAAUGCAUUUCGAAUUCUGGAAGAUGAUCUUCGCAGCCUAGAAAAGACAGAGUCCAAAAAGGCCAAAUUGUCGAUGAUGGGCGGCUCUUUGCCUGGCCAAAAGCCAUUUGACAUGUACUCUUUCAAUGACGAUGUCAUGUCUUCUGCUGUGUCCGAAGACGAUUACAUGGACGAAGCUGGUUUACACGAAUUCAACGGUUCUGACGUCUUCUCACAAGCUACCUUUGACAACAGGAGAUCCAAUACGUUGCUCAUGUCUGGCAGCACACGACAAGACUGUGCUGCUGGUAUGAAUGAAAAGGAAGAGCUAAAGGCAACGGAUGCAUCAGCGGCCAAAGAAGAAAAGGAAGAGGAAGCUGCCACUGGUAUUCGUCGCAAAUGGCUCAUGUUUGUAUGGUUUCUCACGUGGUGGGUCCCUUCGCCUGCGUUGAACCACUGUGGUGGCAUGAAACGUCGUGAUGUGCGUCUGGCAUGGAGAGAAAAGGUUGCUCUCUGCUUGCUCAUCUUUUUUCUGUCAGCAGCCAUGGUCAUUUUUAUCGUAUUCUUUGGUCCCCUUAUCUGUCCGCAUCAAGAUGUCUACUCUCUUUCUGAACUGCAAGGCAAGACGGACAAGAAGAGCGCCUAUGUUGCUAUUCGCGGUGAGGUGUUUGAUUUGACCAAGUUUGCUCCUCAUCAUUGGGCUUCAGAAGUGAUUCCUGACCAUGUGAUUUUUGACUAUGCUGGUAAAGAUGCCACCAGUCUGUUCCCUGUGCAAGUCUCUGCUCUGUGUGAUGGCACAACAGGCAGAAUCCCUGAAGAGCUGGUGCUUGAUUUCCAAGUCAAUUUGACGGACCGUAAUGCUGCGUAUCAUGAUUUCAGGUUCUUUACCAAUGAUUACCGGCCUGAUUGGUACUUUGAGCAGAUGGUAUACAUGCGCAAGAACUAUCGCCUGGGCUUCAUGGGUUAUGAGCCAGCAGACAUCCUUCGUCAAGCAACCAAUGUAGUAAAUGUAGGAGACAUCAGUACGCAUCGAAGUUGGGCUACUCUGCACGGCGAUGUGUACGACUUGACCUACUAUUUGAUGGGUGGCAGAGCUCCUAGAGCCCCUGAAGGCAUGACACCUCCCGCGAAUCUGGACCUCAACUUUAUGGAUAACAGCAUCGUUCAGUUGUUCCGUCAAUUAGCUGGCACUGACAUCUCCAAGCACUUUGACGCCUUGCCCAUCUCAGACGACCUCAGAAUGCGUCAAUUGGUGUGUCUUCGAAACCUGUUCUUUGUUGGCAAACUGGAUACGCGCAGAUCGCUUCAAUGUCAAUUUUCAGAGUACUUCUUACUGAUUGUUACUGGCUUCUUGUGUGCUGUGAUUCUGUUCAAGUUUUUGGCUGCAUUGCAGUUGAGCUCGUUCCGUGAGCCUGAAGAUUACGACAAGUUUAUCGUGUGUCAAGUGCCUUGUUAUACCGAAAGUGAGGAGUCUCUUCGCAAAACCAUCGAUUCUAUUGCCGUCUUGCGCUAUGACGAUAAACGCAAGUUGCUCUUUUUGGUCUGCGAUGGCAUGAUUAUUGGCAGUGGCAAUGAUCGUCCUACGCCUCGCAUUGUGCUUGAUAUCCUUGGUGUGGAUCCCAACGUAGACCCUGAGCCCUUAUCAUUCCUGUCCUUGGGUGAUGGCAUCAAACAGCACAACACAGCCAAGAUCUACUCGGGGCUGUAUGAGUGCUCCGGCCACGUUGUCCCCUAUGUGGUGGUGGUUAAAGUAGGUGCUCCCAAUGAGCGACAAAAGCCAGGCAAUAGAGGAAAGCGUGAUUCCCAGAUGGUCUUGAUGCGAUUCCUGAACAAGGUGCACUUUGAAUCCUUAAUGACGCCCAUGGAGCUCGAGAUCUACCAUCAAAUCAAGAAUGUCAUUGGCGUGAAUCCCAGUUUUUAUGAGUUUGUGCUCAUGGUAGAUGCAGAUACUGAGGUGCUGCCAGACUCGCUCAAUCGCAUGGUCUCCUGCUUUGUUCACGAUUCCAAGGUGGUGGGUCUGUGUGGCGAAACCAAGCUGGCCAACGAAAAAGACAGUUGGGUCACCAUGAUUCAGGUGUACGAAUACUACAUUUCGCACUUCUUGUCCAAGGCAUUUGAGUCUCUGUUUGGCUCUGUCACCUGUCUACCUGGCUGUUUCUGCAUGUACCGCAUCCGUUCGCCUGGAAAGAACCAGCCUUUGCUCGUCAGCAAUCAAGUCAUUGUGGACUACGCCGAGAACAAGGUCAAUACACUGCACCAAAAAAAUCUGCUCCACCUGGGGGAGGAUCGUUAUUUGACCACGCUGAUUCUAAAGCAUUUCCCUACUUACAAGACCAAAUUCACUGCUGAUGCCGGCUGCCUCACCAACGCCCCUGAUAGGUGGAGUGUGCUGCUGUCUCAAAGACGUAGAUGGAUCAACUCGACCAUUCACAAUCUCGGUGAGCUUGUCUUUUUGCCUCAACUAUGUGGUUUCUGCUGUUUCUCUAUGCGUUUCGUCGUCAUUCUAGACCUUCUCAGUACGUUGGUCAUGCCUGCCGUGGUUUGCUAUCUCGGUUUCUUGAUUUACCGCUUGGCCACGAACGCUGGUCAGGUGCCGUUUAUCUCGAUCAUUACAUUAUGCGGUGUUUACGGUCUUCAAGCCAUCAUUUUCAUCGUUCGCAGAAAGUGGGAGCACAUUGGAUGGAUGAUUGUGUACAUUCUCGCUAUUCCUCUCUUCUCUUUCUUUAUACCCAUGUACUCUUUCUGGCAUUUUGAUGAUUUCUCUUGGGGCAACACGCGUUUAGUGCUAGGCGAUGAUGGUCAAAAGAAAGUGCUGCCAGCAGACGAAGGCAAAUUUGAUCCCAAGUCAAUCCCCCUCAAGAAGUGGAGUGACCACGAGAACGAGCUCUGGGAGACAGGUUCUGCUGAAACAAGAGGCACCACAAUCACCUCGUCUACCACUCGUCGCACUGCAUCUGGCUUACCUCCCGUAGUAGGCUAUUCUCCAAUAAACAACGGCUUCACGACGCCGGUGGUGAAUUAUGCAGCCAGUAUGAACCAGAUGCCAAUGGCGGCCACUGCUGCUGGUAGUGUCAUCAAUGGCGGUCAAGUCUACAACGACAAUGCUAGUUUUAGAUACUCGCACCAGAAUUUAGCAGGCCGUGCAUCUUCGGUUAUCAUGGGUCCUCCCUCUGUCAUGAAUAUGGCACCAAUGCAACAGCAACAACACGCACCACAGCAAAUGAACAUGAUGUCUGCUCCUUCUGUUUACAGUGAAGCAAGUGCUACCCAUGGUGGUGGUGUCAUGUAUCCCUCCCUCAUGAACAACAGCGGCAUGCUGGACAACUCGAGUGUAUACCAUCCCACAGACGAAGAGAUUCGUAGAGAGGUCCAGCAUAUCACUGCAACUGCCGAUCUCAUGACAAUGACCAAGAAACAAGUCAGAGAACAGCUCAGUCGACAUUUUGGCAUCAAUAUGUCUUAUAGAAAAGAUUUCAUCAACUUUUGUAUUGAAGAAGCACUCAACUACUAA